UGGGCCGGAGACUCGCCAUUGGAUUAAAAAUAGCAGCGUCGCCAGCCCGCCCCGAGCCCCCGGUGCCCGCUCCCGCCCCGCGGCCCGCUCUCCCCGCCCGCCCCGGCUCGCCCGGCUGCGGUCGCCCGCGCAGCCCGCCCGUCCGCCCGCUCGCUGGCGCCACCGCCGCCGGCGGACAGCGCGCUCCGGCUCCGGCUCGGCUCGCUCGGCUCCGGUGCGUGCCGAGGCCAUGCAGCGCCGGGGCGCCCUGUUCGGCAUGCCGGGCGGCAGCGGAGGCCGGAAGAUGGCUGCAGGAGACAUCGGCGAGCUGCUGGUGCCGCACAUGCCCACGAUCCGCGUGCCCAGGUCCGGCGACAGGGUCUACAAGAACGAGUGCGCCUUCUCCUACGACUCCCCCAAUUCUGAAGGUGGACUCUAUGUAUGCAUGAAUACAUUUUUGGCCUUUGGAAGGGAACAUGUUGAAAGACAUUUUCGAAAAACUGGACAGAGUGUAUACAUGCACCUGAAAAGACAUGUCCGAGAGAAGGUAAGAGGGGCGUCUGGUGGAGCGUUACCAAAAAGGAGGAAUUCCAAGAUUUUUUUAGAUCUAGAUACUGAUGAUGAUUUAAAUAGCGACGAUUAUGAAUAUGAAGAUGAAGCCAAACUUGUUAUAUUCCCAGAUCACUAUGAAAUAGCACUACCAAAUAUUGAGGAGUUACCAGCCCUGGUAACAAUUGCUUGUGAUGCAGUUCUCAGCUCAAAAUCUCCAUACAGAAAGCAGGACCCAGACACGUGGGAAAAUGAAUUGCCAGUAUCUAAAUAUGCCAACAACCUCACCCAACUGGACAAUGGUGUCAGGAUUCCUCCAAGUGGUUGGAAGUGUGCCAGAUGCGACCUGCGAGAAAACCUCUGGUUGAAUCUGACUGACGGCUCUGUCCUAUGUGGAAAGUGGUUCUUUGACAGCUCUGGGGGCAAUGGGCAUGCGCUGGAGCAUUACAGAGACAUGGGCUACCCACUAGCCGUGAAACUGGGAACCAUCACUCCUGACGGGGCAGAUGUUUAUUCUUUUCAAGAAGAAGAACCUGUUUUGGAUCCUCAUUUGGCCAAGCACUUAGCGCAUUUUGGAAUUGAUAUGCUUCAUAUGCAUGGGACAGAGAAUGGGCUCCAGGACAAUGACAUCAAGCCGAGGGUCAGUGAGUGGGAAGUGAUCCAGGAGUCGGGCACGAAGCUGAAGCCAAUGUAUGGUCCUGGCUACACGGGUCUGAAGAACUUGGGCAACAGCUGCUAUCUCAGCUCUGUCAUGCAGGCCAUCUUCAGCAUCCCAGAAUUCCAGAGAGCGUAUGUAGGAAACCUUCCCAGAAUAUUUGACUACUCGCCUUUAGAUCCAACACAAGAUUUCAACACACAGAUGACUAAGUUAGGACAUGGCCUUCUCUCAGGCCAGUAUUCAAAGCCUCCGGUGAAAUCUGAACUCAUUGAACAGGUGAUGAAGGAGGAGCACAAGCCACAGCAGAACGGGAUCUCUCCGCGCAUGUUUAAGGCCUUUGUAAGCAAGAGCCACCCGGAAUUCUCCUCUAACAGACAGCAAGAUGCCCAGGAAUUCUUCUUGCACCUGGUGAAUCUAGUAGAGAGGAACCGCAUCGGCUCAGAAAACCCAAGCGAUGUUUUUCGUUUUUUGGUGGAAGAACGCAUUCAGUGCUGUCAGACCCGGAAAGUCCGCUACACGGAGAGGGUGGAUUACCUGAUGCAGUUACCUGUGGCCAUGGAGGCGGCAACCAACAAGGAUGAACUGAUUGCUUAUGAACUAACCAGAAGGGAAGCAGAAGCAAACAGAAGACCCCUUCCUGAGUUGGUGCGUGCCAAGAUACCAUUUAGUGCCUGCCUUCAGGCCUUCUCUGAACCAGAAAAUGUUGACGAUUUCUGGAGCAGUGCCCUACAAGCAAAGUCUGCGGGUGUGAAAACAUCUCGCUUUGCUUCAUUCCCUGAAUACUUGGUAGUGCAGAUAAAGAAGUUCACUUUUGGUCUUGACUGGGUUCCCAAAAAAUUUGAUGUUUCUAUUGAUAUGCCAGACCUACUUGAUAUCAACCAUCUCCGAGCCAGGGGGUUACAGCCAGGAGAGGAGGAACUUCCAGACAUCAGCCCCCCGAUAGUCAUUCCUGAUGACUCAAGAGAUCGCCUGAUGAACCAACUGAUAGACCCAUCAGACAUCGAUGAGUCAUCAGUGAUGCAGCUGGCCGAGAUGGGUUUCCCGCUGGAAGCAUGUCGCAAGGCUGUGUACUUCACUGGAAAUAUGGGUGCCGAGGUGGCCUUCAACUGGAUCAUUGUUCACAUGGAAGAGCCAGAUUUUGCUGAGCCACUGACCAUGCCUGGUUAUGGAGGGGCAGCUUCUGCUGGAGCCUCUGUUUUUGGUGCUACUGGAUUGGAUAACCAACCUCCAGAGGAAAUCGUUGCUAUCAUCACCUCCAUGGGAUUUCAGAGAAAUCAGGCUAUUCAGGCACUCCGAGCAACGAAUAAUAACCUGGAAAGAGCACUGGAUUGGAUCUUUAGCCACCCUGAGUUUGAAGAAGACAGUGAUUUUGUGAUUGAGAUGGAGAAUAACGCCAAUGCAAACAUUAUUUCUGAGGCCAAGCCUGAAGGACCUAGAGUCAAGGAUGGAUCUGGAACAUAUGAGCUGUUUGCAUUCAUCAGUCACAUGGGAACAUCCACAAUGAGUGGUCAUUACAUUUGCCAUAUCAAAAAGGAAGGAAGAUGGGUGAUUUACAAUGACCACAAAGUUUGUGCCUCAGAAAGGCCCCCUAAAGACCUGGGCUACAUGUACUUUUACCACAGGAUACCAAGCUAAACCUCAAAUAUAAAAGUUGGCGAGAAGAAGCCAUAUGCCUUUUUAAUUUGCCAAAAAAAAAAAAAAAAAAAAAAAAAGAAGAAGAAGUUGAAACAACCAGACAUGAAGGAAUACAUGUGGUAUUUAUAGUUUAUUUAAAGAGCACGAUCAGUUGACACCUUCUGAAAUAGAACUGGGAAGAAAUUUCUAUUAGUGAUGAUACACUAUUAUAUUGUAGAUAGUUUUUAUAAAUGUUCAAAAAGAGGAUGAUAUUUAAAAACAAAAAAGUAUUCAUAUUGUUGGUGGAGGAUCUGCCAUCAGCACAUCAGAAAUGGAGAUGUGCCCCCAGCCCUCUAUUUUGCUUUGGGGGUCAGUGGUAGUGGCCUCCAGAGAAACCAAAUAAUGUGGCCAGUGGUGUGGCCUUACCCACAGCAAAUGAAAAGCCCACUUGUGUUUCAUAUAGAAAAUCAGCAGUUGGGUGGGGCUUUAUUUGUGACAUAUUUUUUUCAUGACAUACAAUAGUUUCUGAUGUAUCCAUGUAGAUAUUAUGCUCUGUCCAUAAUAGAGCCUCUGCAAUGAAAGAUAUUUUUAAUUUAAGUCAUAUCAAAAUUCAUAAUAUGAUUGUGUGAAUGUGUGUGAGAGUGACUGAGAGUGUGAGAUUUACUAGAAAAGGGAGUCCACUAGAAAAUCUGUGACAAGUUUGUUUUUAAAGGCUGAACAGUUGGUAUUAAGCAUAUCUGAAAAAAGCAAGUAAAUAUUUUCACAAAACUAUGACUCAGGAACCUUCGAGAAGAUUAGUUCCCCACUUAGAUUUUAAGGAGUAAAAAAAAGGGCUGAGUUAUGCCUUUAAGUGCUGUCAAGAAUUCACUUGGGUUUGGGACAUUUGCUGAUGUAAUGCUAGAUGCCCACAGCAGCAUAAUAUUGUACUUUGUCAAAGGUAGGUAAAUUCUCUGUUUCUCAGCAGCCCUUUCCCCAAAAGGUAUGGUGUUUAUUUUUAGUUAAAAUAGCUAAUCUCUUUUUACCAUCUCACAUGAUAACUCUUUGGAGUCAUCUCACGUGCCCCAAAUUUGUCUGUAAUUUUCCCGUCUCUGAGCUCUUUAUCUGCCUCCAUUUCCUUGUUUUUCUGGGGCCAUAGUCUCAUCUCUGCCCUUUUUUGGUUUAUCACCUUCUGACUUGUCUUUACUGCUUAUCUGAUGUGACCGACAGUGUGAUCUUGGACACUCUAAGGAUUUUAGAUGCAAAGAAAUUUUAUAUAGACUAUCCUUUUCAUUUUGGUUAUUUCAGCAUUUUAGUUGCAACCUGGGAUUAGAUUAGAGUUUCCAAUGUGAUGAAAAGUGGAAUGAUAGCAUUCUGUAAUUUCUAUAAUUUUCCUACUGGUCUGUAUCAAAUUCUAGAGUCUCUGGAGUUGCUAUUUCAGAUUAUUCGGUCAAAUGAAAAAGGAUUUAUUGCUGCCUGUUUAACGUGUAUUUGUUUGGUUGAAAGGGUCUUUUUAGAAACUGUAGGAAAAUAAACAGAGCAACCAGUUGAAAUAAAGCACAGACAUUGGAUUAGGAUGUAGUGAGUUGUGAGCAAUCAGGAUUCUGGGUAUGUUGGGGGGCCCUGUCUCAUAGGUGAUCCUUUGGUGCCAUGUGAGCGAGGGACAUGGUGUCUGAGGCCCAUGGCCUGGAGACCUGGGUGCUGCUCCUAGUUGGCUGUGGACCUUGGGCAAGUCCUUCAUCCUUCUUGUGCCUCACUGUCCUCAUCUGAACAAUGGUAUGAUGACACCUGCCCUUCUUUCCAAUCAUGCUUUGAGGAUACAGUGAGAUUGGUUACAGUGAACCUUCAAUGAGUAGAAUGUGGUGUGCCGUGGUGGGUCAUAGUAGACUGCCUUUUCUCCUCUGAUGUUUUCCUCAAUUUGGGAACAAAUGAGAUUGGCAGAAGGAGGGAGCUCAUGGUGCAGUACUUUUCUACUAAAGUGUGCCCACUGGUGUCACCUCCUAAUAUUGACUUGGAUUUCCUAAAGCAGUCCUACUCUGUUAUGAGAGUCACUGACUCCCGUGGACAUCCCCACACUAAGCAGCCUUACAAAAUCCAGUCCCCUUAGGGCAGAGUGAGUGUCAUAGAAUAAUAACUCCAAACCCGCAUCAAAAAUGGCUUGUUUUCAGCGAUGUUAUAAAGCAAAGACCUGUUUUUUGGAAUUGGGGGUGACUGAGGGGUUUGGAUUGAAAUGUGGAUAAAGACAGCGUGUGUAUUUUGAAUAAAAUAAAAAUUUUGUAAUAAAACUUUGAAAAAUCA